CGGUUAGUUGGUCUUUCUUUCUCGAAAAAGGAUGUGUCUCUGGUCGGUCGACAAAUUUGGAGUGUUUUCGGCGCGUACGAAGAAUUCUUAAUCGCACCAUCCGGUCCCGGUUCUAAGUGAUGUGAAUCGCCUUAAAUUAUGGCGCAUCAGCGUGGUUUGACGUGGAUCGUUGCGAUUGUCGCAAUCGUACCAGUUUUGGAGUGUCUUACCUUAGGCAGUGACAAUAGAACGAUCGGGAAUUAUUUCGAUUUCACUCGCUUCUGGGGCAUCCACUAUGGCGAUGCAAAGCUUCGCCGCAGCUACGAUUACGUCAUUGUGGGCGCUGGUCCAGCGGGAUCUGUUUUGGCAAGGCGCCUAAGUGAUAACCCCAAAGUGACCGUCCUGCUGUUGGAAGCUGGCAAGGGUGAACUACCCAUCUUCACAGAUAUUCCACUUGCAGCUCCGAAUCUCCAAGCCACAGACUACAACUUUGCGUACGAAAGUGAAGUGCAAUCGAUCGGAUGCCAAGGCUUGUGGGAUCAAAAGUGCAGUUGGCCCCACGGCAAGGGCGUCGGAGGAUCGUCGAUCAUCAACUACAUGAUCCACACCCGCGGAAAUCGAAGAGAUUACGAUGGGUGGGCUCGAGCAGGAAAUCCCGGCUGGAGCUGGGACGAGAUCCUUCCCUACCACAUUCGAUCGGAACGGGCCAACAUCCGAGACUUUGAAGAUAACGGAUUCCACGGCAAAAAUGGGCCCUUGUCUGUGGAAGAUUGUCCGUUCAGGUCAAAAGUGGCGCACGCAUUCGUCCGCAGUGCCCAGCAGGCCGGCUAUCGAUAUCUGGACUACAACGCGGGCGAACUUAUCGGCGUGUCGUAUCUGCAGGCCACAACGCUGCGAGGCACGCGGGUCACCAGCGGGACUGCGUACUUGGCCCCGAUUGCGACGCGCAAGAAUCUGCACAUUCUGACAAAGGCUUGGGCCACCAAGGUGUUGAUCGACCCGGUUUCCAAGGAAGCCACCGGCGUGCUUUUCUCGAGAAAUAAGAAGGUCUUUAAGGUGAAGGCCAACCGGGAGGUCAUCCUAUCUGCUGGAGCUUUUGAAAGUGCCAAACUGCUCAUACUGUCUGGAGUGGGGCCUACCAACCAUCUGGAAAGCUUGGGCAUACCAAUCAUUCAGAAUCUUCCAGUCGGGGAGCAGUUGUACGAACAUCCGGGAACGUUCGGUCCAGUCUACCUAGUCAAGAAGCCCAUCGACAACUUCAUCCAGCUGGACGACAACAUCAACCUGCGUAACAUAAUCCGGUACAUAAACGGGCGCGGACUCUUCACAACCAAUUCGGUGGAGAGCUUGAUGUACAUCAAGACCCCGGUCGCGGAAAGCCCCGAUCCCGGCCUUCCGGACGUCGAAAUCAUGCAGGCCUUCACGUCGAUUGAUUUCGAUUCCGGUCCAGGCACUGCCACGGCGUUCCGACUGUCCAACGAAACGUACGACGGCUACUUCCGACCGAUUCGAAACGUGCGAUCGUUCAUGUACCUUCCGCUGCUGUUGAAGCCCAGGACGAAGGGAAAGCUGCGCUUGAAGUCACGCAAUCCCUUCCAGCAUCCCCGAUUUGAGUAUCAAUACUUUGAGGAUGAUCGCGAUCUGGAUGCCCUAGCGUAUGGAAUUGAGGAAGCGAUUCGGGUUACCUCACAGCCAGCAUUUCGUGAGCUUGGCGUUGAGUUGUACUCGCGAAAGGUACCAGGCUGCGAGCAGCUCGAAUUCAACACCCACGAGUAUUGGCGAUGCCACGUGCGCGUUUUGACGGCGACCUUCCAUCAUCAGGUCGCCACCUGCAAAAUGGGCCCACCAACGGACCCGGAAGCGGUCGUAGACGCCCGACUUCGUGUCUACGGCGUUGGUCGGCUACGCGUGGUUGACAUCGGAAUCGUUCCGGAACCUCCGGCGGCGCAUACAGCCGCGGUGGCGUACGGUAUCGGCGAGAAAGCGGCGGAUAUGAUAAGGGAAGAUUUUGCCGCUGGUGCUACCGGAAGUCGGGUUCACAAAGCUAUCCAUAGUGACGGGUUUGGCGGGAGGGCUGAUAUUCCGAUAGAGUUUGAGGCGCAGCGGAUGUUUGGUAGAAUUGUGGGUCCCAGGCCGUUUGAUGAGAGUGCGUUUGUGAGGAUAACGCGGUUCAGGAGGGAGGUUGGGAGCUUUAAUGGGACGUUAAGUGAGCAGGAUCGAGGCAUUUUAGAUGAGGAUAAUAAAGUGUAGAGAAUAAUUAGCUUAAUUGCCAUUUAUAAAAAAAAGGCUCGACAUGAUUUCACCGAAUUGUUCAGAUUAAUUCAAAUAAGCCUACAGUUAUGCAACGAUUCAUGGGAUGCCAAAUGAAUCAGUGUGCUUAGCUUUAGUCUGGGGUAAGCUGGCAAUUGUUGAGGGUAUUUAAUAUGAAAGUAUUUUUUUUUUAGAU